AUGCUGUCCGGGAGAGACGCGGGAAAGCCGUCGCUUUCUAAUCGCUGACUUAUUUGAUACUGGGUAUAGGUAGCUAGGUCGUCCUCGGCGUAGGGAGAGUUGGGAGGAGCUCGUUUUUUUUUUUCCCCCGCGAGAAAAAUUUAACAACGCCCAAGAUAUCCACCAUCUGCAGACGCCGAGGCCCGUAAACGGAUAUAGAUAUGGGUUCGCUCACCAGCAAUGUCUCGACCCGCCCGGUGAAGAGGAAGAAUCAUCUCUCCGAGGCGGCCACGCUCACUAUACGAUAGUCUAAAGCAUCACUUCUCGCUUUCCCGCAACCCACCCGCACCCACGACCGGCCGCCGUCUAUCCGCGGCUACUGCAUACCUACCGCGCCUAGGUUCGUUCCAACACCACACACAUGUCGUCCGCCGCGCCCUUAACAGAGGGGGCCGCCUCCUCGACGUUCCCCCCCGCCAUGCCCAGCCCAGUCGCGUCCAGAGAGUCCAAGCAACCAGGACAGAAAGGGGAAGAGUCUGAGACGCUAAAGCCUCUGACGCCUGCCGAAUUCCGCGGCUUCAACAGGCUCGCGGAACACAUGGACAUGUUCCACGAGCAUUUCCGCACAACGUGGAACACGCUGUGGGCGGCGGCGUGCGCGGGGGACGGCGUGACGGCAGGGAGGUCACCGCGGGCGCGGGCGCUCAUCGACGAGGGGCUCUCGUUCGUGACAAACCUCGAGAUGCACCACAGCAUCGAGGAGAAACACCUUUUCCCGGUGCUGGCGCGGCGGAUGCCCGAUUUCCAGGACGCCGAGGACGGUGGAGGGGCGGGCGAGCUGCUGCGGCAGCACCGCGAGAUCGACGAGGGCAUGGAGCGCUUCCAGCAGUACCUCCGGGCGUGCCGCGACGGCGAACAGGAGCUCGACAUGACGACGCUCAAGGCGCACAUGGAGACCUGGGGCACGGUGCUCUGGACCCAUCUCGACGAGGAAGUGCAGAUGCUUGGGGCCGAGAACAUGCGCAAGUAUUGGACCCUCGAGGAGGUCAAGCAGAUAGGCAUGUAGAGGAAGAAAGGAGAGGCGAGGGGAAGACAAAGGGCCUGCCUACCUAUUGUAGGCACACACAAGAGACCGGUAUUCUCGAGCGGCGGCCGGGUGAGAGCAGAUUCAUCCCCGGUGGUCAUCCGAACAGGUGAUGCUAGGAGGAUGCGUCGAUGGCAUGUAUACCCACAACACCGACCUACGAUGUAGGCAUAUUGGGACAGAGUAACGAAAAAAAACGGAGAAACUUUAGUAGACACGAAAAAAAAGGUCCUCGGUGUAGUAAUUCUCCAAUUUCUAGAUUCAAGAUGGUAUUAAAGCCGGAUAAGAUGAGGCGCUCCGGAAGGAUGGGAGAAGAUGAGGAAAAGGGGCUUGCGUUACGUAAGCCGACGACGAUGCCCCUCCGGAGGAAUUAAUAAGGAUGAGCGCGAGCUGCCUCUCUCUUCCUUCCAUCA